AUGCGCCGCGUUGUGUGGGUGUUGGCAGCUGGGCUGUGCUGCGCGGCCUUGUGCGUGACGUGUAGUGUUACUGCUGAGGGCAGUGCGGGUGCGGUGGAGGCUUCGGCCACACGCAGUUCGUUGCAGUCUCAACAGCCUGGUGCUGCCACUGGUGGUGUCGUAGUAACGCACGGGGCGACGCGGAGGUUCGCCACAUUAACCGUGCAGCGUGCCAAUGCGGUGCUUGUGGGCAUUAGAGUGACGGCGCCGCUGCCGCCAGACGGGGCGUUAGUGGAGGCUCCGGCCACCCUCAGGGCGCAGGCGGAGGAGGCUGAGAAGAAAGCGGCCGAUGCACUGGCUGCGGCUGCGGCUGCGGUGAAGCUUGCUGAUGACGUGACGGUUGACGUGAAGCUUGCAGUCGCGGAUGUCAACACGACGUCGCAGGAGGCUCAGCGCACGCAGCGCGAAGCCGACGCCGCUCGUAUGGACGCUGAUGCGAAGAAGAAACUCGCGGAGGAUGCGCAGAAGAGGUAUGACGAGCUCGGUGUGGUCGUAAAGGGGGCGGAGGCAACCGUGACUGAAGCGGAGAAGGUGGCGGAGGCAGCGCUGCACGCGUGGGUGGAGGCGAAUAGUGAGAAGUCGACCUCUGCUGUUGCGUUGCUGAAGGGGUGGCGCGAAGAUGCGAACGAAGACAAUGCGUGGGAGACAACCGCCAAUGCCGUAAGGCUUGCCUCGUCGAAGUGGGGAGACGCUCAUGCCGCGCUUGCGAAUCUGAGCACCGCGAAGGCCUCAGCAGCAGCUGCACAGAAGGCGGCGCAGGAGGCCAAGCAGCUGGCGGAGGCUGCGAAGAAGGAAGCCACGGAGGCGGAGGUGAAGGCUGACAACAAAGCGAAGGAGGCUGCCGAUGCGGUGGAGCGAGCUGAGGCGGCGCGGACUGCGGCUGUGCAGGCGGUUGCGGCGAUGAGCACGGCGACGGAGGCGGCCCACAGCGCGCAGGAGAAAGCGCAGGAUGCGGUGAGGGAGGCGGCGUCGGCUGCGGCACGUGCUGAGGAGGCAAGGAGACAGAGUGCGCACUCUUCGGACGGUGUGGAUGCGACCGCUGUGCCUGACUCGACGAGGAGUAUGAGCACUGUGCCGGGGGAGAAAGGCAAGUCGGACGGCAGCGGUGGCGGUGAGUGGGUGCGUGCGCCUGCUGUGCUGCUGCUGUGUGUGCUGGGCUGUGUGCUGCUGUGCUGA